UGUUCUACGGUCAGCAGGAGAUGCCGCCGAUGGGUCUGGGGACCUCUCGCUUUCAGUGAGGUACAUAGAGGUUGGGUCAAGAGAAGAGAGGUGUAGUCGCAUCUCUGAUCGUAUUUGGCGGCUGAAGCUGAACCGGGGUGUGUAAACAUGUAGAUUGGACCCAACAGGGGACCCAAAUACCGUCUGCCAGUAUAGGGAGGGAGUGCCUUUCAGGGCCGCCACGGGGCACAUUCUGCUUGAAUGGGCCAGCAGAGGUAAAGGUUGGAACCGAUGCUCCACUUCCCAGGUUAUUUGGUUUCCAUUCAGCUGAACUUUAAACGCGUUGGGCUUUCCCCAUUGGAUGUUUAAAGAAUAAUUGUUGGUAAAGUCCCCCCUGCCUGUGCACUAGCUUCGCCUUCUCUGACUUGCUUUAACAAAGGGGUCCAGAUUGUGGGUGCAGGAGAUGCCACCCAGAGCCGACGGCACUAGGCAUCCAUCCUUCUGCUUCUGUGUUCCGGAGAUUCACAGAGCUGUAUUUUCCCCCUGCCAGCCUGGUAUGGCUUGGCAUUCCAGUCUUUGGGUUGCCUGGAGAAAUUAACAGCUUCUGUCGCUGGGCUGUCUUGCUCCCUCCUGUAACCAGGCUGUGUUUGCAGAGAACGUGUUUUUUGUUGUUGUUGUGUUUUCCAGAGUGUUGGGAAUAAAUUGCUGGCUCUGUGCUCAGAAAAGACACCAGUUAGGGCCAGCCACAAGGCAGCCUGUAUUCUUAGGAAAUGUAUUCAGCAGGGAUGAUGUAACUGCCUCACUGCUGGCUGGUCUCUGGCCAGCCUCUCUCCUGGGCCCUUAAGCUUACAUCAUAAAGAGGCUGGUGGCUCUCCCAGCCCAUUUGGUGUGGGAAGAUGGCAGUUUUGCUACUAUGAGACUCGGAUUCCUGGCUGCAGGGCAUUUGACUGAGUGAACCUUUCAAGUAGCCCACACCAGAAGAUUUGAGCAUGUGCUGGUUCAUGGGCACCAUGCCAGUUCUUCAUGUGAUGUGCCAGUCUCCGGUCCCAGAGCCAUGGGGAAGAUGAGGUAGCCCUUUGGGUUUGAUUGGGGAAGCCCAGUUCAAUGGAUACGAAGUACAAGGAUGAUUUAUUUCGGAAGUACGUGCAGUUCCAUGAGAGCAAAGUGGACACCACCCCCGGCAAGCAGCAGCCUGGCAGCGAUGAGUACCUGCGGGUGGCAGCUGCCACCCUGCUCAGCCUGCACAAAGUGGACCCCUUGCAUCGAUUUCGGCUGAUCCAGUUUUAUGAAGUGGUGGAGAGCUCCCUCCGCUCACUGAGCAGCUCCAGCCUGAGCGCUCUGCACUGCGCCUUCAGCAUGCUAGAGACGGUGGCCAUCAACCUCUUCCUGUUCCCCUGGAAGAAGGAAUUCCGCAGCAUCAAGACCUACACAGGCCCUUUUGUUUACUAUGUCAAGUCCACAUUGCUGGAGAAGGACAUCCGAGCCAUUCUGAGGUUCAUGGGCUAUGAGCCCGAGUUGGGAACUGCGUACAAACUCAAGGAACUUGUGGAGUCCCUCCAGGUGAAGAUGGUCUCCUUUGAGCUCUUCCUGGCAAAGGUCGAGUGUGAGCAGAUGCUGGGGAUCCACUCGCAGGUGAAGGACAAGGGCUACUCGGAGCUGGACGUGGUGACUGAGCGGAAGAGCAGCCCAGAGGACGUGCAUGGGUGCUCAGAUGCUUUGCGGCGACGGGCUGAGAGUCGGGAGCACCUGACCACUUCCAUAACGCGUGUGGCACUCCAGAAGUCAGCCAGUGAGCGGGCAGCCAAGGACUACUACAAGCCCCGAGUGACCAAACCCUCCAGGUCGGUGGAUGCCUACGACAGCUACUGGGAGAGCAGGAAGGUCCCCUCAAAGGCCUCCCUGAGUCUGCGAAAGGAGCCUUUGGCCAUGGAUGUAGGGGAUGACCUGAAGGACGAGAUCAUCCGCCCAUCCCCCUCCUUGCUGACCAUGUCCAGCUCCCCCCAUGGUAGCCCCGAUGACCUUCCCUCCAUCUCCCCCAUGAACGGCCUUGGCCUUCUGCGCAGUACAUACUUUUCCACUCAGGAUGACGUGGACUUGUAUACAGACUCGGAACCCAGGGCCUCCUACCGGAGGCAGGAUGCUCUGCGGCCGGAUGUAUGGCUGGUCAAAAACGAUGCCCACUCCAUCUACCACAAGCGUUCACCCCCCACCAAAGAGUCUGCCCUCUCCAAGUGCCAAAACUGCGGCCUGUCCUGCAGCUCUUCCCUCUGCCAGCGCUGUGAUAGUCUACUCGGCUGUCCUUCAGGCUCCAAGCCCAGCGCCUUCCUUAGCAAGGCCUCCGCUCACGACAGCCUGGUCCACGGGACACCUAUGCGGGAGAAGUAUAUGGGCCAGACUCAGGGCCUGGACCGGCUGCCACCUGUCCACUCAAAGCCCAAGCCGUCUGCCACAGGCACCUCCCGCUGUGGCUUUUGUAACCGUGUGGGUGCCACCAACACCUGCACCCAGUGUUCAAAAGUCUCCUGUGACGCCUGCCUUGGCGCUUACCACUACGACCCCUGCUGCAGGAAGAGCGAGCUGCACAAGUUCAUGCCCAACAACCAGCUGAACUACAAAUCCACUCAGUUCUCCCAUCUCGUGUACAGAUAGGCCCCACCCCCAUCUUCCGCUAUAAGGGCUACACCACUGACCUGGCUUGGUCCCAUCAAGAGGUAGCAGAGCAGCAUCAGAAGUGGAGACCUGAGCUUGACCGUGGAAGCAGCCGGGGCCACUGCUCCUUCACACUGGAGUUCACUGAGCACUUCACCCCCCACCAGCGGCUGCUGUCUGCUCUGAGGGACAGGGUGGCACUUCAUCCAGUCAUUUCACUGACCUCUCCACUCCCUGCUCAGCUGGUUUGGGUUUGGGUUUGGGUUCUGGUUCCUUUGAAAGAAGGUCUCUGUCUCUGGGACUCUUGCCACACCUACCCCUCCUUCUGCAAAGCCAGCUUGGACUGGGAAGGAUCCUUCGGGUCACUUUCAAAUGCCCACCAGGAGUGGCGGGCGAGCUGGAGGCCUGCUGGCUUGUGAAAUGAGCCCUCCUGCCAUAUGGGGCCUCUCUGAUGGCUCGCCUCUUCCUGCUCCCAAUACAACAAGGAUCCCUAGGCAGAUGUCCCCGCCCCCUCCCUCCCCCAACUGCUAUCAAAGGGGAGCCAAGUCCAGUAUUAGCUGAAUGCCAUCUUGCCAGCUCCACUCAAUCAGCCCACAGUGUUGGCGAGCUCUGCUCAGCAGUUGGAAAGUGGACUCCACAACAGGACUGAUGUCCCUUCCUGUUUGCACCCUACUGUACUGUAUAUACAGAGUUUGAGGUUUAUUUUUAAGUGAGUAUUCAUUCAACUUGCUGUGUGUUUCAACAUGGUGAAAGAAAUUAAUGAUAUGGUAAUUAUAAAGGUGCCCUGAGUCCUUUAGUCUUCCAGGGGGGUGCUCAUGCCCUUUCCCGGGGUGGUCUCCACUUGCUAGGGUGGAGCUGAGAGCCUCGGGGUAGGGGACUGACAAAGCCCAUGUUCCUCCUCGUGUGAGUAGAGAGCUGCUGCCCUUCCCUACAGUAAAAUUCGACACCUACCUCCAGUGUGCACGCGGGGUUAGCAUGGUGCCGAGGUCUGCAGUGACCCCAGUGACAAGUUGGAGACCUCAGCCCUCACAUCUACAGCUCUGGUCUUGGUGCCUGCUGAGCAUGAAUCUUGUACCCCAGACCUUGAGUUCAUUUCAGAAGGAAAUUCAGGUGGGGUUCCCUCUACGCCCAUCUAAGCCUUCCUCACUGGUUCCCAGGGCUCUGUCUUUUUGCACUAGGGUGGGUAGAGGUGUUGUGUGCCCAUCGGACAAAUGCUUCUCCAGUACUCAGCUGAGUGUCCACGAUUCCUUGUAUAAAUAAUCCACCUCUGGAUUUUCCUUUUUGGGGAGCAGAGCCAGGAGAAGGACAGGAAUUUGAAACUCACUUUCUUGUGAACUGGUAACACACUUUAGCCAUAGACAGCUGUGAUGUCUGCUGUGUGGGAUCUACGUGCUAGUGGGGUUUUCCCAAAGGCAUUCAGCUCUGGAGCAGGCUGACUCUGGCCACACCCUGAGCCACUGUGAAUUUGCUGGUGUUCUUCCGAUUUACUGGAGUGAUUUUAAGGUUUUCCAAUCUUAUACGGCUCUUUUUUAUCUCUAGCUAUAGAUGACAUGUAGAUAAGUGUAUAUACAGCUAAAUUUGAGCAAUCUUAUUACUGAGACUAGCCUCCCUGGGCUGCGGUCCUUGAUGGUCCUUCUACACUGGCCAGCACUGCCUGGUCCACUCCUGAGAGCUCUAGUUUUCCAUUCCAGUUGGCUUCAGCAUUGCAGGGACUCUUAGAUGGAGGCCAGGUUACUGGAGUUAGUCCCGAGUGCUUUCCACCAGGAAAUAUUGGGUGUGCAGACUGGCACGCCCCCAUCCCCACCCCCAGGUGUGUCUCACUGUAGGAGAUUGCUGUGAUCCGGACAGUAGAGUAUAUGCUAAUUUAAAAAUGCACAUAUUUUGCAUUUGAUUUCUACAGAGUUGAAAUGUUCAGAGAAGAUUUUAAAAAACUAACUAAAUAAAGUGUCUUCCAUUGUUAAACAAGUGUUUAUGGUGUUCCAGCCCCUUCUGUGGCUUCCCUCUUUUGCAGCACACUCUGGCCUGUAAGCCAUUGUUAGCACAAAUGACAGGACCCAGGUACUGUCUGGGCAUCUGGGGAAGAUGGGAACCAGGCCCAGGGGGCAAGCUGCCCAUUUCCCCAAAGUGGGCUGUGUCCUCUGGGAGAAAUAACUGUUGGUGGCUGCAGACAUUAUUAAGAAUCCUUCCCCUUUAUUCCUGCCUCCAGAUUUCUCUAAUUAAAGGCAUGUUUUACCAUA